ACAUUGCACAACAGUUGGCUACCUUUUCACCUGUGAAUGCAGGAGACAGGUGGUAUGUGUGAAGGUAGCGGUCGGUGCAGGUAGAGGAGUUAGUUUCUUUGUGGGUUCACACAGGCUGGACUCUGAUAAUUGAAUCAUACCCGAGAGGAUGUUUGAUUUAAAGAAAGAGUGGAGCAUCUCUUUUGCAGGUUGCGGUUUUAUGGGGAUUUAUUAUGUCGGUGCCACCAGUUGUAUACUUGAACAGUUCCCUCGCUUCAUUCAAGACGCCUCCAAAAUCUAUGGAGCCUCAGCAGGUGCUCUGAUGGCUGCUAUUCUUGCUGUUGGAAUUCCCCUAGAAAAAUGCUGUGCUAGUUUGAUGUUCAUGGCCAAAGAGGCCAGAAAGCACAAACUAGGGCCUUUGCACCCAGCUUACAAUCUGCUGCAGAUAGUGAAGGACUCUCUGCUGGGGAGCCUCCCUGAAGACGCCCAUGUUCGAGCCUCCGGGAAGCUCUGCGUGUCCCUGACCAGAGUGUCUGAUGGGAAGAACGUGCUAGUGUCGGAGUUCGACAGCAGAGAGGAGCUCAUUCAGGCCCUUGUAUGCAGCUGCUUUGUUCCUUUCUACUGUGGUGUUAUUCCACCCACCUACCGAGGAGUGCAUUAUGUGGACGGCGCCGUCAGUGACAACCUUCCUCGAUGCCACCUGAAAAACACAGUGACGUUUUCUGCGUACGCCGGCGAGAGCGACAUCUGCCCCCGAGCGAGCACGCUGAACUUCCACGAGGUGCGCUUCAACAACGUCAGCAUCCAGGUCAACUCAGAGAACAUGUACAGAGUGGCCAGCACCUUCUUCCCCCCAGAGCCUGAGGCAAUGUCUGAAAUCUGCCAGUACGGCUACAUCGAUGCUCUCCGCUUCCUGCAAGAGAACAAUCUGAUCAGCGGUGAGUGUCCACUGAGGAGUUUGGAGACGGACUCGCCCAGACCUGUUUGUUGCGAGCUGGCAGAGGAGCAGGCCAGAGCCGAAGAGUCCAAUAAGAACACGCAGCAGAAUGGACUGAAACCUCCUCAGAGAGAGCACUUCUGGCUGAAUCCACAGCUCAUAGAGAACCUCCCUGUUAACAUCAGAAAGGUGUUGUGUGAGGCCUGUAGAGAAUCGCAUACCGCCGACAGUCUGUUGUCCCACAUGGCCGAGUACCUGCCGAAGAAAGUGACUUCAUACCUGCAGUUCCCCCGUACUCUGCCUGUUGAGUCGGCCUACUCUCUAGCCCACAAGCUGGUGGAUUGGAUCCCAGAUGUGCCAAAGGACAUGAGCUGGCUCUAUGGCAUGGCUGAAGACAUUUACAGACAAGCUUGGAGGGACAAGGUGGAGGACCAUGACAGAGAAUCACCUCUGCGCAGAUGUGCUAGCGUGCCAUUAGGUCUGAACUUGUGCAAUAACAGAAAAAAAGAUGUAAACUCUCUCCCAAUGACCCCAGAAGCCAGUCCCACCUCCAGCCUCACCUACACCUGGAACACAAACAGUGAGGAGGACCACAUGCCGCUGACUCCGCCCCCAACACCCUCCUUGAGCCCCACCUAUUCCCCUGUGUUUGGAGAAGCCACCAUGGAGUCACCUCAAAGUGCAGGCUGGGGUUUGGGCAGAGCUGUAGGGUGGAUUCGAAACAUUGCAUUCGAGCAAACCUCAAACAACAAGGAAAAGGACGAUUCAUAGUCCUUUUCUGCAUUCCAGUCAAUAUUUUUAAUAUUGCACUGAAAGAAAAGAAAGUGAAAAUAUUUAAUAAAUGGAUGCAAACAU